AUGCCCUCAAACGAAUCAUCUCCCUUACUCGGGAAUGGCGCCUCCCCACCAAACACGUCCUUCACUCACCGCGUCAAGGCGUUAGUAGCGGCUGAAGGCGAACCAUCUUGGAUCGCGUCCUACAAAUACUUCCUCCUUGGGUCCUACCUCAACAUUCUCCUACUAUUCGUCCCACUUUCCUUUAUUGCGUACUAUCUCCACCUCGACGCAGCGCUACGGUUCUCGUUCAGCUUCAUCGCCAUCAUUCCGCUGGCAAAGUUGCUGGGAGACGCGACAGAGCAGAUGUCUGCAAAACUAGGGCAAACCCUCGCUGGCCUGCUCAAUGCUUCGUUCGGCAAUGCGGUUGAAAUUAUCGUCAGCAUUGCCGCUUUACUGCAAAAUGAGAUUCGCAUCGUCCAAACCUCACUCCUGGGAUCCAUUCUGUCCAACUUGCUUUUGGUGCUCGGUUGUUCGUUCCUGGCAGCUGGCUUCAAGUUCAAAGAAAGUAACUUCCAGGUCACUGCUGCUCAAGCGUACGUCGUUCUUAUGACUCUCGCCUGCAUCACGCUUGUUAUUCCCGCUGCGUACCACAGUACCACUAGUGGCGGACUGAGCAUCAACUCCUUGCAAUCGGCUAUGAAGUCUCCUGAUUCGGAUGUUUUCACGCCAAGCUCCGGCUUGCUUACCAUCUCCCGCGGCACUGCAAUUUUCCUGUUAUUUGUCUAUGUCGCCUAUCUCUACUUUCAGCUACGAUCACAUGCCUAUCUCUUCGAGGCCGAAGAGCAGGAGGGCGAGGAGCCAGAAAUGAGUGUCGUUGCCGCUGGCGUCGCUCUUCUCGGAACGACAAUAAUAACUUCGUUCUGCGCCGACCAUCUUGUUGCCUCCAUCGAAGAAACGGCCGAACGUUAUUCGAUCCCCAAACCCUUCAUUGGCUUGAUCUUGUUGCCCAUCGUGGCCAAUGCUGCAGAGCAUGUUACCUCUGUAUGGAUGGCAAUGAAAGGACAAAUGGAAAUCACCAUCGGAGUCUGCGUCGGAAGCUCUAUUCAAAUUGCAACGUUCGUGAUCCCGCUGCUCGUCAUCGUUGGCUGGGCGACCAACCACGGCAUGACUCUCUUCUUCGCGAACUUCGAGACUGUUACGCUAUUCGUGUCGGUUUUCCUCGUUCACACACUCAUCCAGGACGGCAAGUCAAACUACAUGGAGGGUCUCAUGCUGCUAACACUGUAUUUUGUCAUCGCGCUUGCCUUCUGGGUCAGUGAGUGA